AUGUCGCAGCCCGUCCCUCAAGGUUGCGGGCAGAGACCGGGAAGGCAAACUGGGUGUCGCGGAUUCGCCCGGGGGACUGCAAUUGAACGUAUCACCGCUGGCAUCCAGUUGGUUAUUGGUUGUUCCCGCAUCAACCGCCGGACGGUCAGCUUUUCUGGUGGUGCCUCCUUCUGCAAAGUCACCCCGCUGAAUCCGAAGUUUGCCACCGCUUACUACAAACGCGGUCUGUCGCAGGAUGCUCUUGGCCAGAACGAGGCAGCCAUCCAGGACUGCGACGAGGCUAUCAGGAUGAAUACAGAGGAUGCAGAUGCCUUCCACCUUCGCGGAGCGACGAAGAGCCAGCUUGGCCAGGACGAGGCAGCCAUCCAGGACUACGACGAGGCUGUCAGGCUGCAUCCGGAGCAUGCAGAUGCCUUCAACUACCGCGGCGUGUCGAAGAGCAAGCUUGGCCAGCAAGAGGCUGCCAUCCAGGACUACGACGAGGCUAUCAGGCUGAAUCCGGAGUAUGCUGAAUCCUUCGACAACCGCGUCGUGUCGAAGGGAAAGCUUGGCCAUGAAACUCCACAGUUCCCGGAACCACUUUUUUAG